CUAUGGUCCCGCCCCGCCCAGGCCACGCGGCGCCGGGAGCCUCUCUGCCCGCUCCUCUCGUUGGUCACCGAGAGGGCGGGGGCGUGUCCGGGCGCGGCGGAUGCCCCGGUGACUCACAGGAGGCAGUGAGCGGCACCCACCCCCACCCUCAGCCGUGUCCCCCGGCCAUGGGGGUGCUGGGGGCAAGGAGCUGACGCCACGCUGUGCCUGCCGCCCCACAGUCCUGCCAUGGCCUCGCAGCCACAGCCGCUGCACCCCGCUGUGCCACGCACUGCCAGCGGAGCCACACUGGCAGCUGGCAGCCCCGAGAAAGGCACCACUCGCUCCAAGCCGCCCGUCCGGCCCAAGCCCCACGUGUUGCCCAAGCCAGCCCUGCCUGCCAAGCCCUCGGUGCCACCUGUGCCACGGCGCCCGGAGCUGCCCUCGGCUGAGAAGCUGAACCGCCUGGCUGGGCCCCAGCCCUAUGGCGUGGGGGGAGCCCUCAGCCGCCCCCUCCUUACCCACAAAGUGCCUGAAACCCCCAAUGGGAAGGGGCUGCCGUCGCUGCCGGUGGCUGUGCUGGAACUGGGAUCACCACUCACCCCACUGACGCCCUUGCGCAAGGGCCCGGCUCCCUUCAAGGUGACGCCGGUGCCGGUGGCGGCCAAACCGGAGAGAUUUCCCGGCACCACCGUGGAGGAGAUCCUGGCCAAAAUGGACAGCAGGGAGAACCCAGAGAGCCCGGACCGAGCACGGCGCGCACCUUUCUGUGCCGAACCCUCCUCCCGCUUUGGCUCCAAGGCCUUUGCAGCGUUCCGGAGGCAGCCCAGCGGCGAGCCAGAGUCGUUCCCUGCCGGAGAAGCCUACCGCCCCAUGGCAGGUGGGGACGGACACCCCGUUGCCGAGAUGAGCGGCUCCCCCCCAGCCGGCCCGAGCUGUGCCGGGGAUCCCCACGGAUGCUGGAGACUGCCAUCCCCCCAUGACCUCUCCUCACUCCAGCUGGGUGCCCUCGGACCCCCCGGAUCCCCGCGGGUCCCCUUCCAGCCCACCGAGCCCCCCGCCCCAGCCCCUGGCUCUCCUGAAGCUCCCCCGGCACUCGGGGACCCUGGAUCCCCCACGCUGGCCCCUGGCUCCCCCGAAUCCCCAGCUCGGCUGCCAGCUGUGGUCUCAGCUGCCUCCAUCCAAGCCCCGGGCGCACUCUCUUCCUCCUCCUCCUCCCAGCUCAGUGCCUCCCACUCCCCCGGGUCCCCCCACAUCCCUGGAGAGGGGUCCCCAGACUCUGCCAGCCCCCCCGGCACCCCUGUGCCACCCCGCACUGCUGGUCCCCCCGGCUCUCCUGAGGCGGCCGAGUGCCCAGGACCCCCCAGCCCCACGCCAGAUCCCCCCACUAACGCUGCCGGCACCCCCGGCUCCCCAGAGCCCCCCAAAUUCCCCGAGGGGCCCGAUUCCACCCCUGCUGCCAGGGAUAGGGGGCUCCAGCGUGCCUCAGAGCUGGGGUCGUGGUCCCCUGGCGUGGAGCAGGAGCUGGGUGGCUUGCUGAGCACCCAGCCCCUGGAGCCACCGGAGUCCGGCUGGAGCCCUUCCUGGUCCCCGGAGCUGCCUUUGCCCUCACAGGGGGUGCAGUGGGCAGCAUCUUCCCCCAGUCCCCUCAUCCCAGAGGCAGCUGGCUUGGGGAUCUCCACAGAGGGCGAGUUGGACGCGGGGGAUCUGGACCCCUGUGUCCCACACUCCUGCCAGGAUGGUGGAACUGAAGGGCCUGGCAGCCGUGCAGCAGAGGAGUCUCCGUGCCCAGGGGGGCCUGUGGUGCGGCCGCAGGAGGAGGAAAAGGAGGCAGAGUGGGCUGGCAGCGUUCCCCGCUCCCCUCUUGGCCUGGCGGAGCCCGGCUGGGACCUGGCUGAGCCCGAGAUCCUGGUGGCUCUGGACCCUCCAGACGCGGCCAGUAUGUCUGGCUCAGCCUGGGUGCCAGCAGGCGACUCUCCCGGGGGGCCGGGCCCAGCCGAAGGAUCCUCAGCAGGCCCAGACCCCCACACUGACCCGGGCUGGCUGACGGAGCUGCUGGCAUCACCUGGGAGCCACACUGCACGAUGUGCCGUGCCGGAAGGGCCAGAGGACCUGCUGGGUUGGUCACGGAAGGACCUGCGCAGCGAAUUCGGCGUUGGCAGCCCUCGCCAUGCUGGCACCUUCGACUGGACCAGAGAUGCAGCCAGGGAUUGUGACUGGGCUGCCCAGAUGGAGCAGGACCAGGAAUUCAGGACCAAGUCCAGCUGGGAUGGUGACCAGGACCAGCAGGAUGGACCCUUUGGCACAGCCGGGCAGGACUGGGGCAGCAGCGACCGAGGGACAGAGCGGACUGGGGAAGCGAGACUGGGCUGCGGCGACUGGUCUGGAUCCCAUGGUGCUGGGGAAAGCUGCUCACAGGACCCAGGCUUUGGGGACGGCAAAGCCAGGUGGGGCACAAGCUAUAGCCUGGCUGUCGAGAUCGACUCCGGGAAGGCUGCCAGCAGUGGUAGCUAUGGCACGGGACGGCAGCAGGACCAAGAGCCGAGCUGGGCUAGUGGCUACGGUGCUGGAGACGUGGAGGCGCAGGAUAGGGAGCUCGCCCCGGACUGGGCCGGCGAGUACAGCAGCAGCGAUGGCGAGUCCAGGGGCAAGGAUUUUACACUGGGGUGGGCUGGCAGAUCCAGCACUGGGGACAUGGGGACCCAGGACCGGGAAUUUAGCCCCAGCCGACCGUCCCAGGAUAGCGAGCGCCGCGCCAAGGACAUGGAGAGUCAGGACCGGGAAUUCAGCCCCAGCCGGCCAGCCUGGGAUAGCGAGCACUGCAUCAGGGACACAGAGAGCCAAGACCGGGAAUUCAGCCCCAGUCGGCCAGCCCGGGAUAGCAAAUACAGUGCCGAGGACACAGGGAUUCAGGACCAGGAGUUCGUCCCUGGCAGAGCAGCCUGGCCCAGUGAGCACAGCACCAGGGACGCGCAGAGCCAGGAGAGCAGGUUUGGAUCCAACAGGCGCGUCUGGGAUGACAAAUACAGCAUGAGGGAACUGAAGAGACAGGACCAGGAAUUCGGCUCCAGCAGGGACACGGAGCAUCAGGACCAGGAGUUCAGUCCCCACAGACCAGCCUGGCCCAGCACCAGGGAUGUGGAGGGCCAGGAGAGUGGGUUCGGGGCCAGCAGACCCAUCUGGCGUGACCAAUACAGCACCAGGGAUGUGGAGAGCCAGGAGCGGGAAUUCAGCCCCGGCCGGCCAGUCCGAGACAGCGAGUGCUGCCGCGGCAGGGACACAGAGAGCCAGGAGAGCGAGUUUGGAGCCAACAGACCCGUCUGGGAUGAUAAGUACAGAAUGAGGGACGUGGGGACUCAGGACCAGGAAUUCAGCCCCAGCCGGUCAGCCUGGCACAAUGAGCACAGCACCAGGGACACGGAGAGCCAGGACCGGGCAUUUGGCCCUAGCAAACCAUCCCGGGAUAGCGAGUGCUGCAGCAGGGACAUGGAGAGCCAGGACUGGGAAUUCAGUCCCAGCAAACCAUCCCGGGAUAGCGAGUGCCACAACAGGGACAUGGAGAGCCAGGACCAGAAAUUUGGCCCCAGCCAGGCAGCCGAGGCCAGUGAAUGCAGCAUGAAGGGCACAGAGAGCCAGGACCGGGAAUUCAGUCCCCGCAGACCGGUCUGGAAUGACGAGCACAGCAGCAGGGAUGUGGAGAGCCAGGAGAGCGGGUUUGGAACCAGCAGAGUGGUCUGGGGUGACAAGUACAGAAUGAAGGACAUAGGGAUGCGGGACCAGGAAUCCAGCCCCAGCAGAGUGGCCUGGGACAGCAAGCACAGUGCCAAGGACACGGAGAGCCAGGAGAGCGAGUUCAGAGCCAACAGACCCAUCUGGGAUGACAGAUACAGAAUGAGGGACACGGAGAGCCAGGACUGGGAAUUUGGCUCCAGCAGGGACACGGAGCACCAGGAUCAGGAGUUCAGCCCCCACAAACCAGCCUGGCCCAGCACCAGGGAUGUGGAGAGCCAGGAGAGCGGGUUUGGGGCCAGCAAACCCAUCUGGGGUGGCCAGUACAGCAUGAGGGACACGGAGAGCCAGGAACGGGAAUUUGGUCCCUGCAGGGACACAGAGAGUCGGGACCAGAAAUGUGGUCCCGGCAGGGACACGGAGAAUCAGGAGCGGGAAUUUGUCCCUGGCAUGGACACGGAGAGCCAGGAGUGUGAAUUUGGCCCUGGCAGACACACGGAGAGCCAGGAGCGGGAAUUUGUCCCUGGCCAGGACAUGGAAAGCCAGGACUGUGAAUUUGAUCCUGGCAGGGACACAGUGAGCCAGGAGCAUGAAUUUGGCCCUGGCAGGGACAUGGAGAGCCAGGAGCAGGAAUUUGGUCCUGGCAGACACACGGAGAGCCAGGAGCGGGAAUUUGUCCCUGGCCAGGACACAGAGAGCCAGGACUGUGAAUUUGAUCCUGGCAGGGACACAGAGAGCCAGGAGCAUGAAUUUGGCCCUGGCAGGGACAUGGAGAGCCAGGAGCAGGAAUUUGGUCCUGGCAGACGCACGGAGAGCCAGGAGCGAGAUUUUGUCCCUGGCAGGGACACGGAGAGCCAGGAGCAGGAAUUUGGUCCCAGACGGCUGAGCUGGGCUGGUGAGCAUGGUGCUGCCCGGACUGAGCUGGUGGACGUGUUGUUUGCUGUUGGGAAUGACGCUGGCCCCUCUGCCUCUGGUCCCGUGUCCCAGGAUCCCAGCUGGGGCAGCGGUGCCACUGAGAGCAAGGAUGGAGCGGAAGAGCUUGAGGCAGCCGAGUGCCACAACCAAUUUGGUGUCACUGGGACAGAGCGGGUGCUGGAUCCCUCCUGCACCAGCGUGUUGCCAGAUGCUGGUGGGAUGAGGAAAGGGCUGCUGGAGCCACUGGGAAGCUGGCACAGGCAUCUCUUUAGCUGCAUGGGCCCUGGUGAUGCCGGUGCAGGCCAGACGGCCUGGGAUCAGGGCCUGGGCAGCCCCGGGUAUGGGGGCGCCGCUAUGGCAGAGCCAGGCUGGAGUGCGGAGCUGCUGUGCAACGCUGAGACGAAGAGCAAGGAGUGGGCCAGCACGGUCAGCGCCCACAGCCAGGACCUCGGUGCCAGGGAGCAGCGCUUGGGAGACGAUGCCAGUGCAGUGGAUGGGAGCCCCCGCCCCUCAGACCCCAGCCCCUCCAGCGAGGACAGGGACCCCUUGGUGCCAGACACAGGGAGCCCAGGGGCUCCUCCGGACCACCCGGAUGGGAAGAGACCCCCAGGCUGGGAGGGGGAGCAGGAAUUCGCCUUCCUGGAGGCCGUGGAGCUGCUGGACGUGGGCGCGUGCCGCAGCAAAGCAAUGCUGAGCCGCCAGCGCCAUCACCGCGCCCCAUCCCUGCGCCCUGAUGACACUGCAUGGACCUUCCGCCACUGCUCCGAGUCCUCACCAGUGACUGAUGAUGAGGAGCCCCGUGGCCGGCGCCCACGCACAGCACCCGCCAGCAAGAGCCCCAGGGUGCCACUCUUCCCCAGCCUCAGCGCCGCUGCCAUCAAGGCCAAGCUGCGGGGCCGGAACCGCUCGGCGGAGGAGGGGGCGGCAUCAGGAGGGGACAGCAGGGCCACCCCCACCAAGGACCCCCACGUGCAGCGCUCCAAGUCCUGCCGGACCCCUGGCUGCAGCACGAGAGGCCCCCCGCUGCCCCCCCGGCCUGAGAGACCCCCAGCGCCGGAGGCACCCUCCCCACACUGGCUGCAGGCACUGAAGCUGAGGAAAAAGAAGCCAUGAGGCUGGGGGGGUUAGACCCGGCCCCCUGCGCCCCCCCCAGCACCCACGGCUGCGGAUACCCCUCCCCACAUCCCCUCUGUGUCCGGGGGGAACAUGGGGGACAUACUCUGCCCCCUGUGUGCCCACCAGGGCAGUGGGUCCCCCUCGCCACAUCGCCUCUGUGUCUGAGGGGGACAUGGGGGGAUGGAUCUGGUCCCUGUGAGUCCGGUGGGCUGGAGGGGGACACGGGGGGGGGAUGGACACACAUGGAUCCUGCUCCCCUGUGCCCCCUCAGUGCCUGGAGCUGUGUGUCCCCCUCCCCACAUGCUCCACACGAGGAGGGGCAUGGGUCAGGGGCCCAGGCUGGGCUGUGUCCCCAGUUCUGGUGGUCCCUCGCUCCUCCCCGCUCUCUGCUCCAGGCUUGCUCCGGACCCCCCAGUCUAUGCACUUUGUACCUGCUCGCAGGGUCCCUGGCCCCCUCCCCACAUCGUGGGUUGGGGGGCAGCAAGGACCCCCUCCCUCCACACCCCCCAUCCACCCCCAUCCCGGGUUGGGGGGUGGUAGGGCACCCCUCUCUCCCUGCUCUCUGUCCGCCCCCCUCCCCUGCAGCCUCCGGUCAGGAUUUGGUGCCACUUCCACAAUAAACGGCGUUGG